AUGGUCAAAGUAAAUAGACUCAUUCCUCCCAUAACAGCAGAUUCUACACUAAUAGGAACCCUUUUACAAAUAUCUAAUCUACUCGCUAAGAUAGAUAAGGGUGGAAUUAGAGCUGGCCUUCUCAAAUCAACUUCUGAAAUAGCUUUCCAUUUGGGUCGAUCUAUCGUUCAAUUCGGAUUUUUCCAUAAUUUGAAAUCGGAUUUUAUAAUGGAAGUGAAGAAAGAAUAUAAUAAAUGGAUCGUCUUACCUGCUCACAUAUUAGAAAGGAUGGGAGUACUUGUGGCCGAGUCUGCACCCGCUUGGCAGAAUGUUCGCUCCACUGGAAAUCGGAGAGAGACAACAAAUAAGUUGAUCCCAGCCGAAGGCACUCAGG